AUGGAACACAGUAUACGUGAGAAGGACACCGCAGUUGUGAUGCGUUCUGAGUGUUGGAAGCGCACGCAUGAGAAUCAGUGGUGGGAGCUGUUUGACUCGAAGACAGGUCGCUAUUACUACUACAACGCUUCAUCAAUGAAGACGAUCUGGCAACGACCGAUGGGACCCGAGAUUGACAUCAUCCCUCUUGCCAAAUUGCAGACCUUGAAAGAGAAUACAGAAAGCUCAGAGCAUGCACGGGUGCGACGAACUUGUGAAACUCAAACGUCGCCGGCCAUUCGUCGAGUAGUCGGUGGAUCUCGACGCGUGAUUGCCCAAAAUAUUGGGCCUGAGGCGGGUGUUAUCAUGACUAGGACUGCGAGUCGGUCUUCGAAUGGCACUAUGAAUGGCAUGCAGCAAUCCUUCGAUUGGAUGUCACUUGAUGAUCAAAGCGAUAGCCUCUCAAUUGGAGACCGAGGUGAUUACCGUGACUAUAACCGGGAUUUCGGACGAUCACCGCGUCAGUUUCCUCCGUUUCCUACAAUGGGAACGACGUCAACUAUGUCAACUGCUCCUUCUGCGGAUUCUAUUCCACCGCGGUCGUCAAGGUCCUCAAGUCCGCCAAACCAAAAACGACAGUUGUUCCCUACGAAUACGGGUCCAAAAAAGCCCACGAACGCCGGUGGUUGGGCCAAAGAAGCACCUAAGCAACCUUUGUCAGCGCCAGACAACAAGCAGCUUAAGAAAGAGUCGCCAGCGAUUUUCAAGCUUAUUCAAGGAUAUAUGGGAGAUAGGAAAAGCAAGACACCAAUCGAUCAGCAAGCCUUAACCUUGUGCGAGCUUGGACUUUCAAAGCAGGAGUGUGCAGAUGAGGCCGUAGCUCAACUCAUGCAGCAGCUUACCGACAAUGAGCGCCCUGAUAGUGUUCGACGCGGAUGGGAGCUGUUGGCGAUACUUCUAAACUUUGUCACUCCUUCUGAAAAGCAAACUGCGUCUCUGGCAGAAUUCAUUGAUAGGAACUCUGAGAAAAUUUUCGAUAGACCUGAAGUGGGUUUUCAAAUUUUG